UGGGAAACUCUGUGGUUGCUGAGCGCUCUUGUUUACGUCUGGGUGAAAUUUCAGAAGAAAACAGAGGACCGUGACAGUGCGAGCCAGGGCCUCAAAACCAGAGGUUUACACUCCGUUUUACAGUAACUCCUGCAACCUAGCGCCUUCGCUUCCACCCUGUCGUUCAGGCAGGCCGUUUCAAUGCAUUUCAGAGCAGCUUUAUCGCCGCUAUGGACGCAAACGAUCUGUUUUCGAGCUGCAGGAAGGGCGACGUUGCGAGAGUGAGAUACCUGGUUGAACAGAGAGAUGUGGAACUGAACGUGAGAGAUAAGUGGGACAGUACACCUCUGUACUAUGCGUGCCUCUGUGGACAUGAGGAGUUGGUGCAGUACCUACUGGCCAAUGGCGCCAAGUGUGAGGCGAACACGUUUGAUGGCGAGCGCUGUCUGUACGGUGCUCUAAGUGACUCCAUCCGGCGCCUGCUGAAGGAGUACAAACGCAUCACAGCUAAAGCAAUGCAGAGGGACUACUACGAGCACUUCCUGCAGACACUGUUGGAGCAGGGCUCAUACAGUGACGUGACGUUCAUGGUGCAUGGUGAGAUGUUCCGGACGCACCGCUGUGUCCUCAGUGCUCGCUCUGAGUACUUCGCCCACAUGCUGGAGACCAAGUGGAGAGGCAAGACCAUGAUCGCUCUCAAGCAUCCACUGGUAAACCCUGCUGCAUUCGCUGCCAUCCUGCAGUACUUCUACACUGGUCGGCUGGACAUAGACAUGAGCUACGUGGAGGACUGCAAGCGUUUGGCCAAGCAAUGCAAAAUCAGCGAGCUGAUCGAGGAGCUGGAGGUCAAGUCCAAGCAGGUGCAAGAGUUUGUAUCAAAUAAGCCAGGGACGUGUGUAAAGGUGUUGACGCUGGAUCCUCAUGACUGGCAGCUGCAGGACGGCAUGGCUCUGUUAGCCGAUAGCGCUCUUCCAGCUGAACUGAGGGUUGGUUAUGGACAGCUUCCUUUCGAUCUUACUGACAGCUUCCCGAGUUACCCUGACGUCUGCUUCCGGGUGGAAGGAUAUGACUUUCUGUCUCAUAAGGCUUUUUUCUGUGGCCGUAGUGAUUAUUUUAAGGCUUUAGUGGAAGAUCAUUUCAGUGAAGGAGAAACCCUGCAGUCUCUCCCAGGAGUUCCUGUCAUCACCUUACAUGAUGUUUCUCAUGAUCUUUUCACCAGGAUCCUCUACUACAUCUACAGCGAUAAUACACAGCUAUCUCAUGAUAACGUGUAUGAGGUGCUGUGUGUGGCGGAUAUGUACCUGCUGCCUGGUCUGAAGCGUCUGUGCGGCCGCACGCUGGCGGCGCUGCUGAGUGAGGAGAACGUUCUGCACAUGUGGAAAACAGCCAAACUCUUCAACCUCUCGCGUCUGGAGGACCAGUGCACUGAGUACAUGGCCAAGAUCAUUGAGAGGCUGGUGGAGAGGGCGGAGUUUGCGGAGUUGAUCAGAGAGGAUGCUGGGAGCGUAGCGGCGCGGCAGGAGACGGACUCCAUCCCCCUGGUGGAUGAAAUCCGUUACCACAUCAGCAGCAACGUUCAGACAUACAGCGCCAUAGAGGAAGCCAACCAGAAACUACACGCCCUCGAGCUACUGCUCAACUACAUCGGCCUGGACUGCUAGAGCGAGAGAGAGAGAGAGAAGAAGAAAGAAAGAGAGAGGCGCAGGAGAAGGAGGGGUUGAAAGAGAGAAAGAAAGAGAAAAGCUGAGAGAUUGGACUGAGGAGACAGAAAGAGCAAGAAAAAAAGCAGAGGAAGAGUGUUACGCGUGUAGAGAAUGAGGCUGUGCGUGUGAGUGCAUUUGUCGCUGAAGCGGAGGAUGCACAGGAUGAUAAAAUGAGAAAUGAUGGUGACGCGCUUUCAUUUUUUGCAGAAAUAAAUGGGCUAACUCAGCAGCAACCUAUUUUAGAUCGUAACAGCCGGCACACAUGCAAGCAAUAGAAUACCGUGCUGGUUUGCCUUGAGUCGAGUUUGAAGAGCCUCUAGUUUACUCCUCAUUAAUACUUUGGAAAUAUUUUUCCUAAACAAGUCAACUAUUAUGUUCUUAGUUUGAUUACAUAGUAAUAUAGCUAUGGCUGACAUAACUGCCCUUUAUUUUGAUGUGCUUAUGUUUAGCAAAAGUGCUUCCACUAGUGAGGUCAUCGAGAUACGCACUGAAAUUCAGUUUACAGGCUCAGCAGUGGGUUUUUAGGUUCAAAUUAAUAUAUAAUACAGAGUGCAGGCUUUUCUGGAAAUUUAUUUGACUACAGAGAGAUGUUUGGGUUUUUUUGUUUAUGUAUUAAAAAAAAAUAAUAAUGAUUUGAAGAGGGGUUUGGGACAUCUGUCAUGUAGUGAAUUGCAUGAGUGCAGAGAUGGAGCAUAUUAUGUCAGAGUGGUGGAGAAUUAGGGCUUUACCUAUAAAUAGAUGCUUCCACAGCAUUUUUACAUCAGAGAAUCUAAAAUGACUCAUUUAGUGCUGUUUUUGCUGACAUUGAAGGCAGUGAGCAUUCUAUAGUGCUUGGUUACCUGGAUAAGGUCUAUAAAACCUCAAAUGUGUUGGAUUUUGGGCGUAUUGGAAAUAUUUGUUUUAGAUCUCUCAUGUAUUAACCGGUGCAACAUUGUAUAACACAGUCUUACGUGUGUGAUGUUAAUCUGGCUGUGGUGCUGUUAUUUUGUUUUAGCUUAGUUGAUUUUAUUUUAUUUUACAGUGCUUUGUUGUCAUUCUGUGGUGGCCUUUGAGGCCAGACUGCAUCAUCUCUUAUUUAGGUCUUUAAUGUCCCUGGUGUCCGCUGGCUUUGCGGUGUGUCUGUGUGAGGAUGAGUGAGAGUGUGUUGGUGAUUGGGGGGAGCAGUUUGGUCCAGAUCCUUUACAGAUAGCCCGGUUUUCCUGAUGGCAGUUCUGUAUCAACACAUUAAAUGUGUCUGCUUGAUAUAAAACAAUGUGCACAGAAGCUAAUAAAUAACAUACAUUAUGAAGAUCCA